AGAAAGAUGUGAACGGAGACACUCUGUGGGUGUGGUGCUAUCCCUCUGUGAGCUCAGACCUGAGGCAAGUCCUGCUCAGCAAGUGCUGUCUGACUCAGGACAGCCGGGACUUCCACACCUUUGUGUUCGGGCAAUUCUGUCGCACCUGGUUCUACAUCAGCACUGUGGAGGUGCAGGAACCCACAGCGCUAAACAAGGUCACUCAUUUUUCAAUAGUUGUUACGGCAAAAGACUUCAACCCUGAGAAGUAUGCUGCUCUCAGCAGAAUCCUCUGCAGGAUGUACAUCAAACAUGGCAGCCCAGUGAAGAUGAUGGAGGCUUACGUCACCGUCCUCACGAAAGGAAUUUGCCAGAGUGAUGAAAACGGCUCGUUUCUAAUAAAGGACUACGAUAUUCGGAAAGCCUUCUUGGCUGGUUCAGUCAAAGACGUGGUGUCUCAGUUUGGCCUGGAGACGAUCAUCCUGUACACGGCUCUCAUGCUGAAAAAGAGGAUUGUUGUCCAUCACCCUCGGAUUGAAGCCUUGCUGGAGUUUACAAGAGUCCUGCCCUCUCUGACCUGGCACAGGAAGGACUGGUCCAUCCUCCACCCGUACGUUCACCUGACUGAUACUGAACUAGAGGAUCUGAAGAAAUGCCCGGGAUAUGUAGCGGGGUUUGUAGAUCCAGAAGUGAGCAACAGAUCAGACUUGUUUGAUGUUUAUGUGAACCUCCCGGACAGCGUCAUCACAGUAUCCCAGAGUGCCAAAGAGGCCAUGGCUAUGGGGAAGUUGCACAAAGACGUUGGACUUCUCAUCGUGCAGUCUGCGGAGGAUGCUGAGAGGUCUGACAGUCAGGUCAUCAAGGAUAUUUCUGUCAAGACUAAAGAGAUCCUGGCUAACUUGGCAGCCCUGGCUGAUCAGUGUGAAGACUCUAAAAUCACGUUGGAAAGUUUAAAGCUGCAUCAUUUCCCCCCGGCCACAGAGAACUUCCUCUUUCAUUUGGCAGCUGCCGAGCAGCUCUUACGGAUAUAGUUUUUUAUUUUUCAGACUCCUUGCUGCAGGAUGAUGUUACCGUCUCUUACAGCAUGGACUCUGGCUCUGCUGUUCUCAAUAUGUCAGGACAUCUCCUGUGGUCUUAAAGGCUUGUGCGCACUCUCUUCUUAUGAGAGUGAACAGAAGACACUUUCUCACAGUUAUCUUCAUGUGAGGUAGGAAAGUGUCACAUGACUCAGAUCUUUACUUGUACCAAUAAAUACAUGUUUAUAUAUUUUUGAUUGCCAACAAAUCCCUUGAAAAGACCAAAAUAACAAUGACUUGAAUCCUAAAUGUUGCAUUUUACUACCAUGAAUAUGGGCACUGUGAAUACUUGAGUGACUGCUGCUGACUAUAAUACUCACUACUGCACCAAAUGUGUAUUCAUCCAAAGCAAAAUAUAGUCCCAAAAAGUGCACAAUCUAAUCCUAUUUCAGUUAACUGCUGUUAACAUUUACACUGCCCAGCUGUUAAAGCCUUUUAUUUGAUCAAUUCAAGAAUACAUUAGUUUUGCUGCAUGUAUCAGUGGGCUUGGAACUACUGUAAGUGCCAAAAAAAGUAAGAUGGACACUGAAUGUUUUAGGUGUUUUCAUGGUAUUUGAUGACAUACAAAUAUGAAGUAACUUUAGCCUUGUUUUUGAAAUCAGUAGUUAAGGACAAUAAGGAUCUACAGUGUUUUUCUCUAACUGUGUGAAACGGAGGAAAAUAAACUGGUACUUUUCAGCUGGUACAUCUAAUAAUCCUCCCAGAUUUGAGCUCCCACAGUGCAAAGCGGCACGUACAUGCCUUUAUGGGAAUAUUGUGCAAACGCUGUAAAGAGAUAUAAAUACGCAG